UACGGUGGUUUUCGCCGUGACUUUAGCCAAAUUAUAAGUAAAAAUGUCGCAAGAGGUCGAGGAAACACUGAAGAGAAUCCAGAGCCACAAAGGUGUUGUGGGUACAAUUGUGGUCAACAAUGAAGGUAUUCCCGUCAAAUCCACGCUGGACAACACGACGACCGUUCAGUACGCUGGCCUAAUGAGUCAGCUGGCCGACAAAGCUCGAAGUGUGGUGAGGGACUUGGAUCCUUCGAACGACAUGACAUUCCUGCGGGUGCGAUCGAAGAAGCACGAGAUCAUGGUGGCGCCGGACAAGGACUUUAUCCUGAUUGUCAUCCAGAACCCAACGGACUAAGUGGCCUGG